ACGUCCACUGUCAGUAAGGACAAACUGAAGCGGAGACAUCCACACAGCCUGCUGACCACAAUUCUUGGAAACAUUAAGCAGCAGUUAGGCUUUAGGCUCCAGUUUCCAGCAACAUUGUAACAGAAAAAAAAUGAAUUCGCAAAGUGGAUUGAGUGGAUGGAUAAACAUGAUGGGCAGGAUAUUAAUAAUUCUUGCAGGAUUCAGAUUGUUUGUACUGGCUGUGCACGGAUCCCAGGAGUUUAACUAUUAUUAUGUAAAUGAAACAAUGAACUGGACAAAUGCACAGGCUUACUGCUGGAGUAACUUCACUGACUUGGUGACUAUUGCAGAUGACAAAGAACUUAACGAAAUUCUGGACAACCUUACAAGAGAAAAUUACUCUGAUGCAGAAAUCUGGAUUGGGCUAAAAGAUAUAAAUAUGACCAAUGGAACAUGGAGCAACGGUGAAACAUUCACCUAUCGAGACUGGAAUAAAGGGGAACCAAGCAAUAAUUUUGUAUCUUGUGGCACCAUGUACUACCACAGAAAUGAAACAAACCACAAUGGCACCUGGAAUGACUGUGGCUGUCGAAACAAUAAGACUUUCAUCUGCUAUGCAGUAAAAAGGAAGUUCCAUGCUGUGAACACCAAUAUGUCUUGGUUCUCAGCUCUUGAACACUGCAAUUCCAAUUACAAUGGCAUGGCCACCAUCCGAAGUGAAAGAGAAGAGUGGCAUUUGCUGAAGUACCUCAAUGGAACCAACAUACGGGAGAAAGUGUGGAUUGGGAUGAGGAGCUCCAGGGUCUUUGGAUUCUGGUUCUGGAUGAAUGAUGACCCGGUCGCUUACCAAAACUGGGUAAAUGACUCUUCAGGGGCCAUUCAAGACAAUCAGAAUUGUGCCACUCUGGAUCCAAAUCAGAAGAAGUGGGUCAGGCAAGGCUGUGCAGAACAAGCCCAAUUUGUCUGCUAUAAGGACAAUUAGCAUGGCCAAGAUUGAUUCCAUCAUCUCAGAUGGCUGCAAGGGAGAGACUGCUAAGAAAGAUGGGAGGACAGAUCAUCCACAACAGACUGAUCAGCUCUGUAGGACACUUGACGCUCUUCUGAGAACUGGCAAUGCAAAUUAUAUUUAAAGCUUUGCUUUUAAAAUGUUCAAGGAUUCCAGAUGUCUUUUUCACAAAGAAGAACUUACAUUCACUCAUGAAAGCCAUUUGUACCACUCAAGCAUUUUGUCUCAAAUCUUAAUGAAAUGGCAAAAUACUUAAUUACAAGUAAUAGGGUCUUUUUAAUGAAUCUUCAGUCUUUAGUGACAUUGGCAGUGUUGUGUUUGGUCUUUAGCCAGAGAAAUCUAAUAACAGUAUAUCAGUUGUUUUAUUAAAGGUUUGCUUUUCUAUUUGCAGCAAUGACAUAUGAAACACAGACCUCUCUUUUUAAGGUGGUUUGUAGGACAGUAAAUGGCAGGAGUCAGCAAUAACUAGGAGAUGGAUAAACAGAAAGAAGGUCAGCAUACUGGGAACGAUCAAAACAAUGUCCAUCAAAGCCCAAAGAAGAAGAUAAAUUCAAAAGAAAGCAAAGCAGAGUUCCUCACAGUAACUU